GAAUUCUCAUUUGUGCACGCGGGCACGCUCGUUUUGUGAAUAGCUGGCCUCUGUGUACCAAGCACAACAUACAGUGAGACGUUCCCCAUUUAGGCAGCCCAAAGCUGGCGCUACCCAGUUGGCAUCUCUACCCUUGUACCAAAAGCCAGGCGCUCAAGUUUAGGAAGGGAGGGCUUUGUGGAGCCUCCUUGGUUCUGGCUCGGCUCUCGGGCCUAGGAUGGGCUCAGAUAUGGAGGUGGGUACAUAUCUCAGGUUAACCAUGCCGGCGCUCUCUGCCUCCGUGGACUGGCAUCUUCUAAUAGCGUUGUCUCCUUGCAGAGCUUCCGCUGACCCUGACGCCUGCAGCUGAAGCACAGAUGGUGCAGUCUCUGGGCUUCGUCAUCUACCGAGCCCUCGACUGGGGCCUGGAGGAGAACGAGGAGCGCGAGCUGACCCCCGAACUGGAGCGGCUCAUCGACCUGAUGACCAACAGUGACUCUGAGGACAGUGGCAAUGGCAGCGCCGCAGACGAAGGCUACAGCGGGCAGGAGGAAGAGGAGGAGGCGGUGGCCAAGGGGACCCUGAAUGCCGUCCGCACUUUCGGCCAGGUGACGCAGCUCUGCGCUACCCGCCUCUCCCAGCCCCAGGAGGCUCACGUUCACUACCAGGCGGUGUGCCGAGCGCUGUUCCUCGAGACGGUGGAGCUGAAGGCUUUUCUGGCCAAGAUCCGGGAUGCCAAGGAAAUGCUGACCAAGCUGAAGGACGAAGAGCUGAGGGACCGAUCGGCAGCAGAUCUUGAUAACCUGAGGAACACGGACUGGGCUCGGCUCUGGGUCCAGCUCAUGCGAGAACUCCGGAAUGGUGUGAAGCUCAAGAAGGUCCAACAGAAACAAUUUGACCCACUGCCUACAGAAUACCAGCUGACGCCGUUUGAGAUGCUAAUGCAGGACAUCCGAGCCCGCAACUAUAAGCUCCGCAAGGUCAUGGUAGACGGUGACAUUCCACCCAGGGUGAAGAAGGAUGCUCACGAACUCAUUUUGGAUUUCAUAAGAUCCCGUCCACCUCUGAGACAGGCUUCUGAGCGCAGAUUGCGCCCCAUGCCUCAGCAGCAGAGGACGCUCCAUGAGAAGAUCUUGGAGGAGAUCAAGCAGGAACGGAAGCUUCGGCCUGUGGAGUCACAACACCAGAACCAGAGAGGGUUUGGUUCCUUGCCCUGCCUCGUGAAUGCCUGCUCCAGCAACAUGAAAUCGAUCUCUUGCAUCAACCUCUCAGUUUCAGACUCCUGUGCCCCACCUCAGCGCCAUAGGCCGAGGGUCCUGCUGAAGGCACCCACACUGGCAGAGAUGGAGGAGAUGUUUGUUUCGGAAGAGGAAGACUCUCCCUGCUCAGAGGCUGUUCAGGAGCCUGGCCCCCUGAUGCCCCUGAAGCGGGACCGCUCCUUCUCAGAGCAAGACUUGGUCCAUUUUCGGAGUGAAAGUGAGAGCAGGGAGCCUCACCUGGAGUACUUAAGACCCAGCAUGUCAGACCCGAGACCUCGCUCAGGUACCAUGAACUCUGCAUGGACCAGCAUGGAAGAUAUGGGUUCUGUUCCAGCUAGCUACCACCAAGUCCCCUAUCGGGUCAGUUCAUGUCCUCGUAAACAAGACAUCCUCACUUCUGUGGAGGAGAAUAUGGAGGCUGGGUCUGUUCCGGUCACAGAUGCUAGUUUGAAAUACUUGUGGCUGGAGUUCAGCCACCCGGUAGAAAGCCUGGCGCUCACUGUGGAGGAAAUGAUUAAUGUGCGCCGGGUGCUGGUGAAAGCAGAGAUGGAGAAGUUUCUUCAGAGCAAGGAGCUGUACACCAGCCUGAAGAAAGGGAAGAGUUGCUGCUGCUGCAGAACCAAGUUUACGCUGUUUUCCUGGCCCCCCACCUGCCUCUUCUGCAAGAGGUCUGUCUGCAGCUCCUGCAGUCUGAAGAUCAAGAUGCCCUCCAAGAAGCUUGCCCAUAUCCCGGUCUAUGCCCUGGGCUUUGAGACCCUGCAUGGCUCACUGGGUGCCAAGGGUCCCCCAGCCCGCCGGCAGGAGGCUUUCCACUCCCUGCAAGGCACCCCCUGGCGCAGCGUGGAGGAAGAGUUCCCGUGCAUCUAUGCUCAUGGUUCAGUGCUCAAGGAUGUUUGCCGCGACUGCUCUGGGUUUGUCACAGACGUUGUCAGUUCCAGCCGCAAAAGCAUGGACAUUCUCAACACCAAGCCGGGCAGGAGCCGCAAAACCCAGUCCCUGUACAUCCCCUCCAGCUAGAGGCUCCUGGAGCAUCCCCCAAGCCUGCCACCACCCCCUCUCCAGCUAACGGCAUCCAACCUUCACUUUGGGGGCCUCUUCGAAGGCCCAGGCAGCCGCGACUCUCUGGCAGAGCAAAUGCGGCCCGGCUGCCCCUGGGCUUUGGGGGUCUGCUCUCUCCCUCCUCCCUCGUCCAACCCACCCCACCUUCCAAGAACAUCUGCCUGCCUAUGUACAUAUACAUAUAUCCAUACAUAAAUAUAUAUACAUAUAUAUAUACACACACACCACACACGCACACACCCCCUUAUAGAUACUCUAUAUUUAUAUGGCGGAUAAGUUGCUUUAGCUGAUCAGCAUGGCAACCCCUUCAUUGGCAAACGAGGACUUUGCUGAAGGCGCUGAAAGCAUCCGGGCCUGGCUCUCUUCCCCCUCUGCUCCUUUGGAAGGGAGCAACGCAGGAGGCUGGCCAAGGUGAUCCUGCAGCACCAGGAGCCCAGCCACACCAGCGGGCAGGGAGGCAACUUGGCAGGGCAGAGGCCAGCUUCUUCCCAGGUGCUGUUUCCCCACAUGGCCUCAGGAGCAGCUCUGUAAUCCUGGCCGCCUCUUGCUGAGAUCUCCGAAAGAAAUGUCGUCCUUUCAACCGUUAGUUUUCUUGGGAAGCAGGGCUACCUCGCAGCUAUGUGCCUGGUGCUAAACGCAUCUUCUGGAGCUGCUGGCCUGCUCCUUGUUUCUUUGCCCUCUUGCUUGCGGUCUUUCUCCCAGAUCAAGGAACGAGGGCGUCUCCUGUGAAGGCUAUGAAAAAGGGUGCUGUUUCCCUCUCGUUCUCCCUCUACAAAUUCAGGAGUGUGUCUUAUUUGUACCUCCAAUAAUAAAAUGCCUAAUUUUGUAAGCAUUUAGAUGAAGACCACCUGUUCCCAGGUGCUGGGACUUGUGGAGUAGUCUGCGUAGGGAGGGAUGAUUGUCGAUUGCUGGCUGCAUGGAUGGUGCUGGGACCUUUGAAUCCUGGGGGGAGGGGGGCUUGGGCUGGCCAUGUCUGUCUAUGAAAGAAUCUUGGCUCCUGCACAAGGGGGGCCACAUUCACACAUUGCACUAAGCCACAAUGGGGCUGCUUGUGUUGUGGCUUAGCAUGUGGUGGAUGCUUUACAGCUUAUUUAACAAACCAUCUCAAACAGUCGUGUCCUGCACGAGCCUACUGAGAGGGUCAGUUUCUGCCCCCUUUUCACAACUGACUUGAAAGGAGGAGUAGACGCCUAGAAGGUGGACCCUGUGCCCAGACCUCUCCUCCUGUGAGUGGAUCCAGCUCCAGCUGGAGCCACCACUUCUGCCAGGCAUCCUGGGCAA